AUGGAGCAGCCCCAGGCGAGACCCUCCUCCUCCUCGGCGGGGGGCAAACCGCAGGACUCGGGCGUCCUCACACGCGAGGACUUUGACGGCGGACCCGUGAGUAUCGACGAGGUGGACACGGGCCUGUUUCUGGGCAACCUGACUGCGGCCACGCACAUGGAGACGCUGCGCUCCUUCAAGAUCACGCACAUCCUCACGCUGGACUCGGUGCCCCUGCCGCAGCACAUCCUGGAGGCCAGCUUCCUGACCACCAAGUACAUACAGAUUGCCGACAUGCCGCGCGAGGACAUCCUGCAGCAUCUGGAGGGCUGCGUGGACUUCAUCAGCACCGCUUUGGCCCAGCAGGGCAACGUUCUGGUCCACUGCUACUUUGGCGUGAGUCGCAGCUCCUCCACGGUGAUCGCCUACAUGAUGAAGCGUCACAACCUGGACUUCCUGCCCGCCUACGAGCUGGUCAAGUCCAAGCGCCGCUUCGUCCAGCCGAACGCGGGCUUCGUUAGCCAGCUGAAGCUCUUCCGUCGCAUGGGCUGCAAGAUCGAUCCCAAUUGCCAGCGCUACAAGAUUCACCGGCUGCGCCUGGCCGGCGAGCAGAUGCGCAAGGCCAAGAUCCUGCCGCAGAGCUUCCACAGCGUCGUCCGUCCGGAUCCGGAUAUCACGCGCGAGAACCCCGAGCCGAUCGUCUUCCGCUGUCGUCGCUGCCGCCGCGUCCUGGCCUCCAAGUCGCACGUGCUGGAGCACAAGCCGCGUGACAGGGCGCCGCAGGAGAAAGAGGCUCCUGGCCAGGAUCAGCCAGAGAAUGCCAUCGCACCGAAUGCUCCGAUGCUGGAGCAGCUGGCCGAGCGCCUACGCCAAUCCUCGCUCGGUUCGCCCGGCCACGAGGCCACCAAUGCCAACCAAUGCCGCAGCAUAUUGUUUGUGGAGCCCAUUGCCUGGAUGCACCGCAUCAUGCUGAACACCCAGGGCCGGCUCUACUGUCCCAAGUGCGAGCAGAAGCUGGGCAACUUUAGCUGGAUAAACGCCUGCAAGUGUCCCUGCGGCGAGACAAUGACGCCUGCAUUUUAUCUCAUACCUUCCAAGGUGGAGCUCUCCAAGGCCGUGCAGAAUGUGCAGACCACAGUUUAGGAGCACGAAAAAGAGCGAGAUGGCAAUCCCUUGAAGGGAGCACGGAACCACAUUGAAGGGCAUGGAAAUAUGUUUAUGUAGAGCGAUCUAAGAACAACUGCAUUCCUCGUUUUUUGUCCCUAACAUGUGCUAUUUUCAUAUGUUAAGAAAAGAUGAAGGGGUAGCAAAUUGUGCUUAGAAC